UCAAAACGGAAGGGUGCAAUGGUCCCGAAGUACAACUUUCCAAUUUACAGUUCUGGAAAGUACGACACCAUGCGGAGCGCGGAUUGUCGGAUUCUCUACCCUCAGAUUGUUUGAAUUAAAAACUUAUUAGAUCUGCAGUUCUCGCUUAAUUUUCCGUAUCUCGCUUUUGCGCUGCUCGGUUGGCUUUGUUAGACCCAUUUAUCAUGAGUUACCGGAGGGAUCAUCGAGCCUCAAGGGCUGCACUUUUUGAUAAUAUGGAUAGCCUUGAAGAGGGUGGUCUUAGGUCCUCGUCUUCUUAUUCAAGUGGUAUUGAUGAUCAUGACAAUGAGAAAACUAUGGACAGUUUGCAUGAUAGAGUCAGCUUUUUGAAAAGAUUGACAGGGGACAUACAUGAAGAGGUGGAGAGUCACAACCGUAUGCUAGACCGAAUGGGCAAUGAGAUGGAUGCAUCAAGGGGAAUUAUGUCGGGAACAAUUGAUCGUUUUAAAAUGGUGUUUGAAAAGAAAUCAAGUAGGAGAAUCUGCAAACUUGCAGCAUAUUUUGUGCUUGCUUUCUUUCUGCUGUACUAUGUCAUUAGGAUUCUCUUGUAUUUCAUGUAUGGUUAAAAGUAGGAUUACAUGAUAUAUUGUGGAGAUGCAAUGGUCACAGUUUUAGACAUGUUGUCAAGCAUUAUUUUUGUGAUUGAACCCUGAAGAGAAGUCCGGAGCCACCAUGUUUGUGUUCUGGCUGCAGUAUGACUAUACCGAGCUCCACCGGUCAAACGGGAUAUUAAGGGCACUGCCAUACUAUAUUGUAAAUCAAAGGACUUUUCUUAACAUUCUUGAUGUUUCACAUACACUCUUUACAGUUAGAACAUUAUUCUUACAUCAACAUAAGUAGAAAUAUAUGAAGUGUACUUGGCAUGCUCGUCGGUCCUUUGUAUCAUGUGCUUUGUACAAAUACGCCAUCUUUUGUUAGUGUGAGAAAAGAACUUCCCGUAUUUUUCCAUGUCGA